AUUAGAAUUUUAAUGUUGAAAUUAGUGGAUAAAAUUUGCAUGAAUUAUUGGUAUAAUAGCGAAGGAAUCGUUUACAUCAAUUAAUGAUUCGCCGCACAUCGAGGCAGUUAGGGACUAUCUUCUUAAUCAUGCAGCUCCCUAUUUUGUUCAGUGUACUUACAGUAGCCUUUGCCGGAUCAUACGGUCCAGGCGAAAAACCAGGACAAUGCCCGUCUGAAGAGGGCAGGGCUUUCCCGUGUGUCUGUCUCCCCGGCCCGAGUCAGUGUUCCAAUGACUAUGAUUGCGAUUACGGUUUGAAAUGUUGUUCAUAUGGAUGUUCCUGUCAAUCGUACUGUGUUCGUCCAGUGUUUGGACCAGGGCCACAACCAGGUCCUAUACCAGUGCCGCAACCAGGUCCUAUACCAGGGCCGCAACCAGGCACAUGUUUCUACAAUGGGCGGAGUUAUAACCCAGGUGAAAGUUUCCCUGCUGUAGAUGGUUGCAAUAACUGCAUUUGCUUUUUGGACGGAAGUAUUAAUUGUUCCGGAUUUCCUUGCGAUGUGUGUACACAACCCAAGGUUGUAGGACCAUGUUAUGCAGCAUUCCGAAGAUGGUGGUACAACCAAUUCACCAAUCGCUGUGAAAGGUUCAUCUACGGAGGUUGUCAAGGAAACGAAAAUAACUUCCAAACCGAGGCAGACUGCCGAAGGCGUUGUCGACGAAACAAAUAUUAAGAAAAGGCUUCCUUCCAGAACUGAAACGCCGGGGAAGCAUUCGACGCUGAAAUAUCUUAUAUUAUUGACCAAUAAAAUAAAUUAUAUAUGUGUACAAUAAA